UAUUCAUAGUUAAUAUAAAUAAACACUCUUAAGAGCAAACUAUAUUGUGAGAUUUUUCAACGAGGAAGAGUUCCCAUAGCGUUUUUCAUUUGCAUGCUGACAAACUCUGUUGAUCUACGUCUGCGAGUGACAUUUAUUUGAGAAUCAUCGACUUUAAAAAACACAAAAAAUCGAUAAUCUAAAAGUAGGAUAUUUUACUAUACGGUAAUAACGCUGUUUUCAUAUAUUGUAGCAUAUAUUGCUUACAUCAGCAUUCGUUUAAUAUGGAAGAUUACGAAAUUUCUGCUCCUUGUUUGCUAGAUGAUCUAAUGGAAGCCACCAUCAUUGGCUCUGACGUUGGGUUCGGAACGGAGAGUGACCCGCUCUUCGGCUUCAAUCAGAAAAGUUCGCCAAGUCACCAGUCUGACAGUGGCUGCUCGGAUCUCUUUGACAUGGAUGAAAGGUCUGUAUCACCCUCCAGUGGUGUUGGUUUGUUUGAAGUAUCGCCAGAUGAGGGUUCUACUGUUAAGCUGUUUGAUUUCGAUGCAAUUGCAACUGAGUCCGUCUGCAGUUUUGAUGAAAAUGAGUUAGAAAACGAGUUGGAAGGGUAUCUUUGUAGUGCUUCUAGUAACAGAGGUAAAAGAAGUGUCAGAUCAGUUCUGACUGAUGGUGGCAAUAACUCACGACCUCAAUCGGAUGACUCUGAAAUUGAUGUUGAAUCUGAAAAGGAUGACCCUACAUAUGUUCCUUGCAAGCCUAAUACUAGGGUAAUUUGGUCAAAGGCUGUUACAGGGUCCAAGGCGGUUGUUCCAAAAGCUAACAUUAUUAAAAUGCCAUCUGUUGUUGCAAGGCCAGCUGAGGUUCAUGUUUUGCCAGCAACAUCCACUACAUUCUUGAAGAAAGGGCAGGGGGAAGGUUUUAAACCAGCUGUCAAAGUUGUUAAGGUCAUCAAGACUGCUGCACAGUCAAAGCAAGACAUUGACAAUGAAUUGUUUCAAGCCCUGGAUGAAAGAAACAAGAAAAAUGCUGUUCAGGCAAAAUUAAACAGGGAGAAGAAAAAGGCAUACAUCAAUAGCUUACAGGAUGAAAUAGAAAAGCUGAGAGAAGAAAAUGCGACUAUCCAAGCUGCUAGGCAGAAAGACAUAACAGAGAAGAAGGCUCUUCUAGAGGAAGUUGAAUAUUUGAAAAGUGUACUUGCAAAUGAGAGUGCUAUUGCUGGGCUCCUUAAAAAUAUUGGUAAUGUUAACAAUGUGAAGUUGUCAACAUCAUUUGGUAAGAAGAGAAAUGCAGAUCUUGAUGAUCAUGAUUACAGUAAUGUUUCUCAAAAAAAAUCCAGGAAUGCAAAAACCGCAGGUGUUUGUCUGCAUGUUGAUGAUGGAAGUGUAUCGCUUGAAUUUUGCUCAAAGUGUUCCUCUAUGUCGAAAUCUAGUGAUUCAUGAAUCACUUUGGUGUAACGUUAUUAAAGUCUUAUGCAUUAAGUGCUAUAACAGUGGAAUGGUAAGAUCGAGUAUCUCAAUGAAGCUGGUUUGUUGAACAUGAGUCAUGACAAAGGAAACUGGUAGACAGGAAAUAACAGUGUACAUGUACAUAAUUAAGAUAUUUGUACCAUUUGUAAAUAUGUUUUCUGACCUGUGUGAAACUAAAGCUUUUAAUACUACCUCUUGCACUUACAAAAGAAGCAGGGUUUUUGUAAAAUAUGUAAAUUGUGUUAUGAAAAUAUAUAAAAAAACAACUUGUUUUGUUACAGCUUAACAAUACUAAUGCUAAUGUGAUGUACUAAAAGCUUUAGUUAUGUUAAUUGCUGCGAUAGUUGCUACAGAUGAUUGAAACACAUCAUAAUCUGAUUUACCAGUUUAUA